CUAGGUGUAGGGUGGGUUGCGUCUUUGGGAGAAUAAGACAGAGUGGUGACUGGUGAAGGCCCAAGGGGCGAGUGGGUUGCUGAGGAAGGAUGGGGAUGAAGGGCGCAGCAGCGUAUGCUGGGAUGGUGAUGGCAGAGUUUGCGCAGGUGGGUCUGAUGAUUGCUAGCAAAGCCGCCAUAUCAAGUGGUAUGCCCAACUUGGUCUUCAUUCUCUACUCCAAUACACUCGCCUCCCUUAUUCUCCUCCCUUCUUGCCUGCUCUUCCACAGAUCACCGCGUCCUCAACUCACCUUCUCACUUCUCAGCGGAUUCUUCUUGCUUGCCCUACUUGGCUUUUUUGCGCAGAUAUUUGGGUAUGCUGGUAUUCAGUAUAGCUCUGCUACGCUUGGGACAGCGAUGCUCAACCUCGUCCCAGGUUUUACCUUCAUACUUGCCAUCAUUUUCAGGAUGGAAAGACUAGAUUGGAGAGGCAGUAGCAUAGCAAAAUCCAUGGGAACUGUAGUGUCAAUUGCUGGGGCAUUCAUCGUGACUUUCUACAAGGGUUCUCCAAUUCUGAUGACACCCUCACCUUCCAACUUUCCUGAUCAACUUUUUCUCUCACAACAAUCAAACUGGGUCUUUGGAGGAUUGCUCCUUGCUGCUGAUUGUGUGAUGUCCUCAGCAUGGCUUAUUCUACAGGCGUCAAUUCUGAAGAAAUACCCAGCAGAGCUGAUUAUAAACUUUUAUUACUGCUUCUUUGUUGCCAUUCAAUCUGCGGCAGCCUCUCUGAUUAUGGAAAGAGGCCCAGGUGCUUGGAGCUUAAAACCUAGUACAAGGUUCAUUGCUGUGAUGUAUUCAGGAGUGUUUGGCUAUGUGUUUCAAGUUGGCGCUAUUACAUGGUGUGUUCACCAGAAAGGACCUGUCUUUGUUGCCAUGUUCAAGCCAGUGGGUAUUGUUGUUGCAGUUGCCAUGGGUGUUAUCUUCUUAGGAGAUACUUUCUAUAUGGGAAGUUUGAUUGGAGCAACUGUAAUUGUUAUUGGGUUUUAUUCUGUGAUGUGGGGAAAAGCCAAGGAAGAGAAGAUUGAUGAGGACAUUGGGGUGAGGAGCUUGGAAUCAACUAGCCAGAAGGCCCCUCUCUUGCAGAACUAUAUUGAAGGUCCCUCACUUCCCAAACAAAAUUGAAGAAAUGAACUCUUUGUAUGGUAAAUGAAGGGCCCUAUCCUUGCCAAAAAAGAAGGCAUCUAUGCAGGUGGCGGCUGAUUACAACUGUCAUAUAUCCUUUUGAACUACCAAAGGUGAUAUAAUUUGUUGGUCAUUCAAAUACUAUUUUUCUUUUUUCUUUUUUGGUUGGGUUUGAAUCCCUUGAUGUAUUCUUAUGUCAAUGCGUUUACUUGGAUAGUCUUCCUUUUUUAGUGAAAUGUACGAGGCAUUAUAAAUAAAUAUAUACAUUUGACAUUUUUCAUGAUAA